CAGUUGCAGUUCGUACGCGUCGCUUGCAACAUCGUAUCGCGCAUUUCGACUUCAACUCCAAAUCCUAUACCAAAACCGAUUCCAAUUUCGAUUUUCUCGUUUUUCGAAUUUGCAGUUUUUGUGUCUGUGGGAAAAUGCGACAAAUUAUCCGGCUUCGGGUGUUUUUUCGCGUUCAUUAAAAAAACGUUUUGUCGCUUGUAAUUGAGCGGCAGUUGCUUUUGUUUUGCCUUUAAAAGAGCAGCAAACAGUGAAACAGAGGCAAACACAACUUCAGUAACUGGAUAAGGAAAAUGCAGUCAAGGCGCACUUAAUUAACAUGCAACUGGCAACGUUCGCGUAAACAAAAAUAAUAAAAACAACGACAGCCACGACAAGUUAACGACAACAACACGUUGAAAAGUGCAAUCCGUCGUAAUCAAAACAGCACAAAAAAUCCCGGGAAAAAAGGUCUCAAUCUUGUAUUUUUCGCCACAAGGCGACGAAGACGUCCAGCGGUCUAAGUUUUGCCAAUCAGUCAGCUAAUGAUGCUGGGCCAGCAAGAUGCAUCUGCAACUACAAAUGCAACAGCAACUGCGGAUGCGCCCUGCAGCUGCUAAUUAAACUGCAGCGAGGGGGAGGCGAGGGAGAACAAUUGCAGCUGCAACAAUCAGCAAUUACCGCUUCGACAACAUCCCAGCAUCAGCAGUUAAUAAACCAUAAUGUCGCUGGUUUUGCGGAGUCAACGCGCCUUCAUUGAGGAAAAUGCUCGCCCAGCCUCGUCCACCGCAAAUCCCGCUCCUGCAGGCAUGAGUCGCUCGGUGCGCAGCUGCAACUGCUGUCCCUAUGGCUACCACAUCGAUUUGGACUUUGUGCGCUACUGCGAGGCUUUGGCCCAUGAGAAGCCCAGCGAGGAUGAGCAGCGGCGACGGGAUCGGAGGAGAUCCAGAAAGUCCAUGGAGUUCAUGCUGGGCUUCGAGAGCCUCUUCGGCAGCGACUGGCAGGCGGAAUCGCGGGUCCAGGGAAAGCUCAGCGAGGCCUCACAUGAAAGCGAACCGGACUCGCCACGCCCCAUUGGAGGCGCGUUGAACAUGUCGCAGUCGUACAACACCACGCCGUGCUACCGCCCGCGUUCCUCGUCCGUGCCGCGUUUCACCUACGGCAGCAUACCGCCCCGAUCGGAGUCGCCCUUCGGUACCGCCUCCUCCACCUGCUCCUCCCUUAGGGGCGGGGUGGAAAGCGAUGCGGGGAUCUACCAUCAGCGCCAUAGGCCGGCCAUCAGUCCGCCCGAGACGAGGGCCUUCCUCCAUGAGGCGCUCGAUGAGGUGUGCAGCGAUUUCGAGCGGACACUGGAGCGAACCUCGGUGAAGAGGCGCAAGACGCCCUACGGAGGAUCAGCAUCCCUGUCCAUGGAUCGGAAUAACAACAAACUCAGUCUGAGCCUCAGCAAUGGUCAUGGUGCACCGAAGGAGCACAAGAAUCAUCGGCUGGGCAACAGCACGUGGGAUCGGUACUUUGAUGUGGCAGAUUCCUGCAUUGGGGGCAAUCGAUCGCCCACGGGCACGCCGCGCCCCUUCCUGCGAUCCAACACGCUUCCCCUGCAACAGCGUCCCAGUCCGGCGGAGGUCCAGUAUGAAAGCUAUGUCCAGGCCACGGUGGCGGCCAAUGCCAAGUCGCCGGUGGAGCAGCUGGAGUCCGCAAAGUCUCCGGGAGUCCCACCACCGCCGCCGCCCAGACGCCAUCAUCUGUUGGCCACCACGCCCACCGGUCCAGGCACAUCCACUUCCAAGGAGGAUCGGCAGCAGGAAAACGGCUCCAUGAGCGGCAGCUCCCUGCAGUCACCUGUCAUCUCGGAAGGUGGUCAGACCACGGCGGAGGCACAGGCUCUAUUUCAGAUACGCGAACAGAUGGCGCUGAGUCUCAGACGCCUCAAGGAUCUGGAGGAGCAAGUGAAGAUCAUACCCGACCUGGAGCUGGAACUAAGUAAUCUUCGCUUGGAAAAACAAAAGCUGGUGCGCAAGAACGAGGAGCUGGUAAGGAGUCAACGGCAGACGCCAUCUCCACCGAGUCCUGGCAUUAAGACCGCCUCUCCCGUGCAGUUCACUCCGCAAAGGAUCAGUCCAGUGUCGCUGGAGAGCCUCGGAGCUCGAAUGCGCAGCAGUUCCACCUCGGCAUCCCCUUCUCCAAGCGUCGUCCGUCGGGAUGUCUCCACCCAGGCGGUAGUGAGACCACCUGCCACUCGAGAUGUGUCCGUUGGCCACCAGCCCACCACCAGAAAUGUGGGUGUUCAGCCCUCGGAAACCGUUUACUCCAAGGAGGAGCUGGAGCAGAAAGUGGAGCAGGCUAUGACCAGUGCACAAAAGAAACAGCUGAGGAAUCUCAUCUCGGUGGGCACCCAGAUGUAUGUGCCCCAAAGGGAGCAGCGAGACAGUGGAGUGCAAACUCUGCCGGAAAGACCCAAACUCAAGUACAAUGUGGGGGUCACCGCCAAACCUGCUACGAGGGAGAACUUCACCAGUUGCAAGCCAGAUGUGCGCCACGUAGGCUCUUCCGAGGAUCGCCUGGAUGAUGUACUAUGUGUAAAAUGUGCCAUCGUCAAGAAAAGCGUGGCCUGCGGUCCGGAAACUCCUCCGGAGAAACCUGUGAAACCAGCUCCCCAAAUGCCCGGACGCAGUAAUACCUUCAGUUUGGGCGAGAAUGAGACCCUAUCCGUGGUGCGAAAGACCAUUGGUUGCCAGACGCCAGUGGCGGUGGUCCUCAGUGCCGGAAGUCAAACAACAACGGCUACAACUCGCUCCACCGGAGCCCAGGUGAAUCCCCCGCAGCAGCACUCCGCCGUGCAGUGUGGAGCGGAGCAGGUGUCCCGGCAAACGGAUACCAACGGUCUGCAGCGACUCACCCGGAGUCACACGAAGGCGGAGCAGGUUUCCGAGUCGGUGCCACGCCCCUUAACCCGUCAUGCAUCCAGCAAUACGGAUAAGGUGGAGGAACCCGAGCCGGUUAAGGUCCGCACAAGCCACUCCGCCUGCAACACGGAGGAGGUGCGGAAAAGGGAUGUGGGCUGCGGCGAUAUUGUCAAGCCGCACAUCUCCAUAGCCUGUGCGGCCAACUACUGUGAUUCCUGCAAGGAGGCCAUCCAGGAUCUGGCCAGGGGCUUCUCAAAGGUUAGUCCCACGGCUCCCAGAACGGGAGGAGCUGUCCGGCGCUCCGCUUCGGCGGAUUCGCGGAUACCGCGACCCAAACACCUCACCAGUCCGAGUCCGGUGCGGAAGGAGUUCAAGCGGCAAAACACCUACACGCUGACCACGCCCUCGCCAACGCCCAGUCCACACGUACAACGGAAGGCACGCCUAAGCUCCCUCCAGGAGAAGCCCCCGACUGUGUCCAGUUUUCAGGCAGCAGACCCACUGUCGGAAUCCCAAAGCUUCAUCCGUCAGCCGCAAAAAGAUUUGUUGGAUCUGAGUCUCCUGGGCGACGAUGAGCUGAUUGUGCGCGAGGAGAAGCGGGUGAGCAUCAGCUGGUCGAGGGAUGCUUCCCCGGCCCCACUGAUGACCUCCUCGGGAACCACCAAGUCCGAGACGAAGGAACAGGAGCCGGCCAUGAGCUCCUCCAGUGAAUCCAGUCCGCCCAUCGACGUGCAGAUUGCCCAGGGGGCACGCAAGAAGUCGAGCACUCCACUCAAAUCUAGUCAGAGCGAGGACUCCCAGGUGACCGUAAUCGAAAAGCCGGCCACCAAAGCCCAGCUCCAUCAGUUGGCCCAGGCGGAUGCGGAGCCCCGAAAAAAAACCGAACUGUCCAAGGGUCUGAAAGAUGCUCUUAAGGUCAUAAACGACUCACUCCUGAAGAAGUUGGGUGCCAAACCCAUAUCCUCGCAGAGCCUCAAGUCGGCCAAGGCCACCAUCCAGGAUCACUGGUUCAUCAACUCCAGUACCGGCAAGUCCGAUCCCCACCAGGUGGAGGACUAUCUCGAUUACUUUGAAUCGCUGUCGGUUCCCUUGCUGGAGUAUUGUGUCAACCUGUCCGACAGUAAUGGCAACACAGCCAUGCACUAUGCAGUCUCGCACGGCAACUUCGACGUGGUAUCCAUUUUGCUGGAUUCUAAGGUUUGCGAUGUAAACCAGAUGAAUAACGCCGGAUACACAUCGGUGAUGCUCGUAUCGUUGGCCAAGCUGAAGCAGCCUUCCCAUCGCACAGUCGUCGAGCGACUGUUCAAGAUGGCCGAUGUCAACAUACGGGCCAAGAAGCACUGCCAGACCGCUUUGAUGCUCGCUGUGUCGCAUGGUAACGAGGAAAUGAUCAAUAUGCUCCUGGACGCCGGGGCGGACAUCAAUAUACAGGACGAGGACGGCAGCACGGCGCUGAUGUGUGCCGCCGAACAUGGACGUGCGGACGUGAUCAAGACCCUGCUUUCGCAUCCGGACUGUGAUUCACUGGUCAACGAUGUGGACGGCAGUACGGCUUUCAAGAUUGCAUGGCAGGCCGGGCACCGGAAUGAGGGGCUUCUCAUCUACGUCCACGAACAGACGCUACGAGGCAAGCUGCCGAAUCGUGGAGAUGCCACUAGGAGCUCCCUGAUUUCGCCCCAGCGCCACAAGCGCCAGCCAUCGCAGUAGAGCCAUAUCGUAUUAGCGGCCAAAUAGACGAACAAACAGCUAGUGUCUAAGUUCUUAAUUAGCAUUUCGUAGAGCUGCCCCAAAACACAUUCCAUAGCGCUGAGGAAAGGCACAAAUGCAGCUAACACUUUCAUACAUAUAUGUAUAUUGUAUAAUUGGAAUUCGUUUGUCGUACGUUUUAUUUAUUUAUACAUCUAAUUUUAGUGCUAAUGUGUAGUGUAACUCUAAUUUCGAUAUUGAUUAAUCAACGAAAGCAGCAGACUCUUUACAAUGUAUAUCUUAUAUCUGACACAAAACGAUCAACUCUUGCAAUUAAGUACUGCACAGGCCUGAGCUACCGAUCUUAAAGUAGCCGACAAACCAACCAACCAUAUCAAGCAAUCGACAAUGCAACAAACGAUAUAUACUUACCGCAAAUAACAAACAAUGAAUCAAAUUUAGAAUUAUUUUAACAAAUCAAAAGGUUCAUCCUUAGGAGGACAAUGUGUAUUUAAUAGAAAUUAAACAAGCUAUUUUAAAAGAAAUGUUUUUUCGAAAUAAAUAAAUUCUUAAAUAAAGAAAGUGUUUUUAAAAUUAA